CUCAUCCUCGCGGGUCCUCUCUCCCCUCAGACGGACCUCUUCGUCUUCUCCGACCCCAUUCCGUCCCGGUUCCAACCCGGCACCCGAGCCCUCCGGUACUGCUGUCCGUACUGGACCUGUCCCGGGUACAACUUGGUCAGUCUCUUGGAUCCAGUUUUUCUCCUUCAGCUGUGGAAGAUGUGAAGGGUUUAAGGUCCAGGUUUAAGGAGGUUUCUCCGUGGCCGUGGCGGGUCUCCCUGGGGAUGCCUGCAGCCUGGAGCCGCACUGGGACGCACCAGAACCAAACAGGUUCACUACUUUUACGCAACACAGUGAAGGAAGUACAGGUUUUGUGGCAGCUCUGAGUUCAGAUUUGCGCUUAUUUGUGUGAUUUCCAGAAACCAGACAUGGAUGUCUUAUGUUGGCUCCUCCACCAGUUCUAUCGCACGGGUUAAAUCCACCCACACCAUGCUGCUUCCACUCCUCAGGUUUCUGUGCUUGUGGCUGUGCAGUGAGGCCGUAGAAACUCAACUCAACUGGCAGAAAACAAAGACGACUUUCAGCCAUCAUUAUGAAUCCACCACCGUUGACUGGAAUGCGCAGAGCCAGAGAUGGCGCACAGUCAGUGGUAUGGACAAUAGGGUUCAGCACGGUGCCAGUGCGCAGGCCUUGCGGUUGGAUACUGUAAACCCCGCGCACUCGGAGCAGCUGAGGACACGGAUUCCCCAACACGGCGUGCGUAAAAGCGACGCGCAAACCGAAACGCGGCACGUCCAUACCGGGAAGGAGGUUUUACGCACGGAUGGAAACCUUAUCCAAAAGCUGCGGACAGAUGGAUACACACCAGCAGACAUCCAGACUGAACCCCAGCAUGGACGGAACUCCAGUAUGCAGAGGCAGAGGCAGAGACGCAGCGUCCAACACGAACGGGCAAAGCGCAGCGAGGAUGGAGCGCAACCUGUGGUCAUGGCGCAGGAACAAGACGCAGAAGCCCCCUUCGGACUGAACACCAGCGACUAUGAGGAGGAGUACAUACUGCCGGAUUUUCCCGACAGCACCCCGUUUUCACCGGUGGACACGCGAAUAAGACGCAAGCAGGUGAAGAACCCUUUCUACCCGGUGACCGCGGAGUCCUACGGGGCCUACGCGGUCAUGAUCACCGCCGCAGUCAUCUUCAGUGUGGGGAUCAUUGGGAACGUGUCGAUCAUGUGCAUCGUGUGUCAUAACUACUACAUGAGGAGUAUCUCCAACUCCCUGUUGGCCAACCUGGCGCUCUGGGAUUUUGUCAUCAUCUUCUUCUGCCUGCCACUCGUGGUCUUCCAUGCGCUCACCAAGGACUGGCUGCUGGGAGAGCUGUCCUGCAGGAUCAUUCCAUACCUGGAGGUUGCAUCUCUUGGGGUCACCACCUUCACACUCUGCGCUCUGUGCAUCGACCGUUUCCGCGCUGCCACCAACGUGCAGAUGUACUACGAGAUGAUUGAGAACUGGGCGUCCACCACAGCCAAGCUCGCCGUCAUCUGGGUCGGCGCUCUGCUGCUGGCGUUGCCUGAGCUGCUGAUCCGACAGUUGGUGACCGAGGAUGGAGACCCGCCUGACGUGACGCCCUGUGAACGCUGCGUGGUGCGUAUCUCCACUGAGCUCCCGGACACACUGUAUGUCCUUGGACUCACCUAUGACGGCGCACGUCUGUGGUGGUACUUCGGCUGCUACUUCUGCCUGCCGACGCUCUUCACCAUCUGCAGCUCCCUGGCCACCGCGCGUAAGAUCCGCCGUGCAGAGCGUGCAUGUGUCCGUGGCAGCAAGAAGCAGAUCCAGCUGGAGAGUCAGAUGAACUGUGCUGUGGUGGCGCUGGCCAUCCUCUAUGGUUUUUGCAUUAUACCAGAGAACAUCUGCAACAUCCUCAGCGUUUACAUGGCAGCUGGCAUUCCCAGGAGAACCCUGGACAUCCUGCACCUGGUCAGCCAGCUGCUGCUGUUCUGUAAGUCUGCAGUGACGCCGGUGCUGCUGUUCUGUCUGUGUCAGCCGUUCACCAGAGCCUUCCUCGACUGCUGCUGCUGCUGCUGUGACGAGUGCGGCCCGGCUCGUUCCCCCGCCACCGCCAGCGACACUGAAAACGAGUGCACCACCACCGAACUGGAGCUCUCACCUUUCAGCACCAUCCGCAUGGAGGCGGCGUCCACCUCCGCUGCCUACACGGCUGUGGGAACACACUGCUGAGGUUAAAGGUCACAGAUCAGUGUUAGGAUGGGCCCAGUGGGGGUUCGACUGGUGGACACACUGACAUACUGGGCUUUGAACUCCACACUUUUAGAACUUGAGUGGAAUUGACCCAAAUAUCAGUGUCACUGUCCAUCCAGCCACUGUUUACAGAGUUUAUGUAUGAAAACACACACAGUUAGACUAUAUCAUUUAUUUAGUCUUGUACGUAACUCACCAUUAUCAAAUUACAUCUGCACCGUCACAUUUUUUUGUUACAUUUUACAGAAGCUGAGAGCAGACAUGGGUGCUAUCCAUUUUUUAAUC